UUACCAAGGGAGAUUGGUAAUCUUUUCAAUUUGGGAAGAUUAGAUCUACAUUACAAUUUCUUAACAGGUCCUAUUCCAUCUACAAUAUUCAACAUGUCAAACAUAAGGGGCAUUUCAUUUUUAGGGAACUUCUUUACUGGAAGUCUACCAUCAGAUAUAGGACUUGGUCUUCCUAAUCUUGAAGAACUUUAUCUUGGUUACAAUAACCUUACUGGAGCCAUCCCUAAUUCUCUCUCAAAUGCUUCCAAUAUUUUCCGGCUUGGAAUUGGAUAUAAUGACUUUUCUGGUCAUUUUCCGAGGUCGUUUGGUAAUCUAAGAUGUUUAGAGUACCUCAACGUGAACGGCAAUCAUUUCACAAGAGAGCCUUCAUCUCCAGGAUUGAUUUUCUUUGAUUCCUUGACAAAUUGCAGACAUUUGAGAAAACUGUGGAUAGGUUAUAAUCCACUCAAUGGAAAUCUUCCGGCUUCUAUUGGAAAUCUCUCAAGUUCUCUCGACUACAUUUAUGCUGUUAAUAGUGAAAUCAGAGGCUACAUUCCCAGUGAAAUAGGAAAUUUAAGUGGUUUGUCUUUCUUGUUACUUCAAGGCAAUUACUUGAGUGGGUUCAUUCCAAGAACAAUAGGGAAUUUAAAGAAUCUUCAAGCCUUGAAUUUGUAUGACAACAAAAUGAUAAGUGGACCUAUCCCUGAGGAACUCUGCAAUUUAAAGAAACUAGGAUUCUUGAGCUUGGGAAAUAAUGAGCUUUGCUGUUCUAUACCAGCAUGUUUAGGGAACAUUACAUCUCUUAGAUACAUUUACCUAGGUUCCAACAAAUUGACUUUUAGCAUACCUCCCAGCCUGUGGAACCUCAAUGAUCUCUUGCAUCUUGAUGUAUCCUCAAAUUCCUUGAAAAGCUCUCUACCUCCAGAAAUUGGAAAUCUGAAAGUCGCAACGUUGCUGAAUAUAUCGAAGAAUCAAAUCUCAGGAAGUAUACCGAGCACAAUUGGAGGCAUGCAAAAUAUGGCUGAACUUUCUUUUGCAGAAAAUAGACUAGAAGGACCAAUUCCAGAGUCAAUGGGGAACAUGAUCGCCUUGGAAUCGUUAGACUUGUCUCAUAACAAGCUCUCUGGUGGCAUUCCCAAAUCAUUGGUAGCUCUUUCACAUCUCAACUAUCUUAAUGUAUCUAACAACAGAUUGAGUGGUGAAAUUCCAAUUGGAGGUCCUUUCGUGAACUUCUCUUAUGAUUCAUUCCUUUCAAAUGAGGCAUUAUGUGGUGCUGCUAGGUUGCAGAUACCAGCAUGUAGGUCUAAUUCUCCUAGUAGGAAAAGAAAAAAGAUGGUGCUUCUUAUUGUGUUGAUCUUGUUGGUGGCUUCUUCAGUCAUAAUGCUCUCAGUCAUGCUCACCAUCUUUUUGGUGAUUAGAAGUCGAAAGAGGAAGACAAACAUUGCUACUCAUCAGGCGGAUGCCUCUCCAGCCACGGUACAUGGAAGAGUUUCAUACCAUGACCUUCAACAAGCAACCGACAGAUUCAGUACAAGCAACUUGCUCGGUUCUGGAAGUUAUGGCUCUGUUUACAAAGCAACAUUUGGGAGUACUAUAGUGGCCGUUAAGGUAUUCAACUUGCAAACAGAAGGCGCAUUCAAGAGUUUUGACACAGAAUGUGAAGUCUUACGCAACCUUCGUCAUAGAAAUCUGACCAAAGUCAUCAAUAGUUGCUCCAGCAUUGAUUUCAAAGCCUUGGUAUUAGAGUACAUGCCUAAGGGAAGCCUGGAUGAUUGGCUUCAUUCUGAAACUUGUUCCUUAGAUAUAAUGAAGAGAGUAGACAUAAUGAUUGAUGUGGGAUCAGCAUUAGACUAUCUUCAUCAAGGCUAUUUUGUGCCCGUAGUUCACUGUGAUCUAAAGCCUAGCAAUGUCUUGCUCAACGAAGAAAUGGUUGCACAUGUGAGUGACUUUGGCCUGGCAAAGCUAUUAGGGGUAGGAGAAAGUAUUGUACAAACCAAAACACUUGCAACCAUUGGAUACAUUGCACCAGAGUUUGGAUUGGAAGGACUCGUAUCUACAAGGUGCGACAUUUACAGCUACGGUGUCAUGUUGAUGGAAACCUUUACGAGAAAGAAACCAACGGAUGGAAUGUUUGCUGAAAAUUUAAGCCUGAGGGAGUGGAUAAGACAAUCAUGGCCACACGGAAUGGACGAGAUAAUAGACCCCGAGCUUAUGAUACCAGGGGAGAAGAACAAAACAGGAAAGGUGCAGUUCUUAUCAUCCAUCAUGGAAUUAGCUCUGAGGUGCACUUCAGACUUGCCAGAGGAAAGAAUGAAUAUCAAACAUGUUCUUGCUCAACUGAAGAACGUCAGAACUAUGUUGGAAAAUGUAAUAAAUCACUAAAGGAUUGAGAAAGAUGGUUGUAUAUUUUUAUAUUACUGUCAAGUUGUUGAAUUGAACUUCUCAUGAACAUAUGAAGUCUUAAAG